AUGAAGCGGAGACGCCCGGAGGCGCUGGCGAUCGCCGCCGCAGCGGGAAAAGAUCAAAGCGACGACAAUGUCGACACCGGCAAAGCCCCCGUGAUAUCCCUGAGCCCCUACGACAGAGCUCUGGUCGCGGUGAAGAGAGCCACCGCGGCAGCCGCGACCGCGUCCGCAGCGGCGGACUUGGCGGCGGCGGCGGCGGCGGCGGCCGAUGCGGCGCCACCGGGGACGGCCUCCUCCGCCUUCGCGAAAACGGCGGCGGAAAAAACUGGCCACGCCGGCGACCCCCCGGUUGCCCCCUCCCCACCUUCUGACGUCGGAGACACCGUUGCCGGAGGCAAGACGGUCGAAGAGAGACUGGCGACCCUACACCGCGCCCACAUCGCGGCCCUCCACCUCCAGGAGGGGACGUCCGUUGCGAACGAAGCCCUCCGCCAGGCGAACCUGGCGCUCCAGCAGGAGAACGGUGCCAUGGUCCUCGAGAGCCAGGUCCUGCGGGACGAGUUUACCGAGGCGCUUCGAGACAACCACGCUUGGUGCCGCAAGAACGAGGUUCUGGGUCAGGAGUACACGCGAGCGUUCCUUGCCAAGACGGCUGAGGUGUUCGACCGGAACAUGGAGCUGGAGAGCGAAAACGAGAAGCUUAUGGCGGAAAACGCAGAGCUGGCUCAGAAAGCUGGGAAGGCGGAGCGCAGGCACGCCGAGGUGAUCCGCGAGACCAACGCCUGGCGCCACGAGAACUCCGUCAUCCACCAGGAGUACGCCGAGCACCUCGCCAGCAGUGCCGAGAUCCUGGCCGAGAACGCCGCUCUGAAGGACCAGAUCGCCGUGUCCAACCGCGAGUACGCCAAGAUGGGCGCUGGUGGCGACACCCACGCCCGAAAGCUCACGUCCAAGGCAGAGGGGGCCGACGGACAGGACCGGCGCGGCAGCAGGCAGGGGGCGACCGACUCGCGGCGGAGCAGCGGCGUGGCCUCGAUCGGCACCGACACGGGAUCCGUUCUCUCCCGGAGCGGCACCAGCUCAGCCGCUGCCAGGCGGCGAGAAUUCGUCAGGAAGGGAAGCGCGGAGACGUUGGUCGGGAGGUGGAGCGGCUCCGAGCCCAUUGUCGAGGGUGCGCCCGACACGCCUGCCACCCCGCUCACCCUGCACCAGGCGGCCUACCCGAAGACCGAUCAACUGCAGACGAGCAAGCAAGGUCAACACCGGCCCGAAUCCAAGCAACGGCGAGACCGGCAGGCCCAGCCCCAGAAGCAGACUCGAACGAACGCGCAGUCACAGCAAGGUCGGUCGCAGCAGCACACGUUUUCCACGGUCGACAGCAGCGAGGGGCUGAACAGCAACACUCCCAAGGCGUGGCAGCGGGAUAACAGGGCCCCGAAGCGCGGAAUGUGGCCACCAGCGGCCAAGGUCCAGCAGCCGCAGCAAGCCCAGACGGGGGACGACGGGGAAUCCCGCGGCAACGAGUGCGGAGGCGAGAAGAAAGGGGGCGACGCGGACAGUAUUCGGCAGCAAGAGCGCCAGGAGAAGAGGGUCCUCACGCUCCCUCAGAAGCUGGGGCUGGAGCUGGAGUGGCGCACUCGGCCUUAGCACUCUUCGGGGGGCGCCCAGGGCUGGGUAUAUCCGUCAGCAUCGCAGGGGCCGUCGAAAUGGCACAAGGUUGAGCAGGUUUCGGAUUUGGCUAAGGUGCAGGAAUUGUUUCUGGCUUCACUUCGGUGGAGCUUUAUACCAGUUCUCUUGUCGAGGGAUUCGCGUAUGAUCGAGUCGAAACGCUCAACAUUGGCUUCGAACGAGCACGCGGUCGACGUCAGGCGCCAAUAGAUGAUUGGCUGGAACUCCUUGGGGUGGUCUUCAUUGCGGUUUGAUUUCUCUUUUCCCGCGGAUUGAACGUGGACAACUCACCCACUUGCGGGUAUCGGCAUGUUUGGUGGCGAAAUGUCUGGGGGGUUGUGUGUGUUCGAUACUUCAUACCUUGUCGCGACACCUAUGUGCAGUAGUACAUAGUAAUCCAUCCAUCGGUUCAGAGAGGUGCAGCCGAGACGUCCGAUGCAAACAGAUGGCAGGCCUUCGAGGGCUUAACUCAUCUGUCCGAACUGUUGUUGUUGUUGUUGUUGUUGUUGUUGUUGUAGUAGUCUUCACGUUAAAAAACCGUUCCGGUCCGGUCUCCGCUCAGCACCUUCGAACGUCCGUACUGGUCCAACUGGCGCGGACGCCUUCCGCGGCCACAAGCCAACUAUCCCCAAAAAGGGGGGUACACUUUUCUAGAAAUCAAAUUCAAAUGGGCCCCAGAAAAAUUCCUCCAACACCGACUAUCGAUCGCAAUUCAUGGGUCGUCUUGCAAUCUGGGGCUCGUUCUCUUUGUCGUGUCACCGUUGUCGUGCCUCUCGUCGCUGCAUUUGCUGCUGACACGGCGGUGAUGUACAUGCCGAUGGACUCGAUCGUUGGCCAUUGGCUGGCUCGUUCUUGCCGGUGUGGCGAGCCCCGUUCUGCCCUGUUAGUGCGUCCAGCAUAUCUCUGUCUUUGAUAUCCGCUUUGGCAGGGCGUAGCAGAAUGACGACAAUGCGCUGCAUCAAGCGAAUGAGGCGCUUGGUGGGCCAGAUCUAGAAGUAGAAGUUACUGCGUUAGACCGUGUUCUUGUCGUGGAUGUUGUUGCCGUCGUUGUCGUUGUCGUUGGUACCGCCGUCGUUGUCCUUAUCGCUGUUGUCGCUGCUGUUGAUAUUCUUGUGGAUGUUGUUGUCGUUUAUGAUUGUCGUUGU